GGAUUGUGUUGCUACGGAGACGGCCGUGCAGGGUACAGUACUGUGCUGUCAGUGAGCGGUCAGUGUAUAUCGGAGAAGUCUCCGGAGCCGUGUUGUGAGGUGCCGCCCAAGGGAAGACACAACCACUUGUGAGAAGAUUCUGCCGUCGUAUACUUUCCUCUUAUGCCCACGACUAAGCCGCACAGGAUUGCAUUUAAAGGUCGAGUUAGUCCAGAUUCAUGGAUAAGUACGAGAAGAUUGGCAAAAUAGGAGAAGGUUCCUAUGGAGUUGUUUUCAAGUGCAGAAAUAGAGACACGGGACAAAUCGUGGCUAUAAAAAAGUUCUUAGAGUCUGAAGAUGAUCCAGUGAUAAAGAAAAUUGCCUUACGGGAGAUUCGCAUGCUUAAGCAAUUAAAACACCCAAACCUUGUGAACCUCCUGGAAGUUUUUAGACGUAAGAGGAAAUUACAUCUAGUAUUUGAGUAUUGUGACCACACUGUCCUCAAUGAACUGGACCGACAUCCACGAGGGGUUCCUGAACAUCUUGUCAAGAGCAUCACGUGGCAAACACUACACGCGGUCAAUUUCUGCCACAAGCACAAUUGUAUUCACCGUGAUGUGAAGCCGGAGAAUAUCCUUCUCACAAAGCACUCCGUCAUCAAGCUCUGUGACUUUGGAUUUGCAAGAAUAUUAACUGGGCCUUGUGACUACUACACAGACUACGUGGCCACAAGGUGGUAUCGUGCCCCUGAACUGCUGGUAGGAGACACACAGUAUGGACCCCCUGUCGAUGUCUGGGCCAUUGGCUGUGUCUUUGCAGAGCUGUUAUCAGGGAUUCCACUCUGGCCUGGCAAGUCUGACGUGGAUCAGCUAUACCUGAUUAGGAAAUGUUUAGGUGAUCUCAUCCCUCGGCAUCAACAGGUUUUCAGCACAAACCAGUUCUUCAGUGGGGUCAGCAUACCGGAUCCUGAGAACAUGGAGCCCCUGGAACAGAGAUUUCCAAAUAUCUCAUCUAAUGCUUUAGGAUUAAUGAAGGGCUGCCUGCACAUGGACCCCUCCGAGAGGCUGACGUGUCAGCAGCUUCUAGAACAUCCCUACUUUGACAGCAUUCGAGAGGAGUCCGAGGCCGGGAAAGACCCAGAGAGAGUCAGCAGAAAACAGACCAGACUUCACAGAAAGUACUUCCCUGGGCUCCAGCACCUGCCUCAGCUAACAAACAGUAAUCUCUUACCAGCGCUUGAGAGCAAAAAAUAUUACAACACCAGGAAAUUCAACUACCGCUUCCCCAACAUAUAACCAGGAGAAGAAAGAGACUAGUUAAAUAUUUAUUGCUCCUGGAACAAAACAUCAGGAAUUCGAGGGGAAAAAUAAGAUGUGGCACGUAUGCCAGUAAACAGCGGGCACGGCUCCUGACAGUUAUUUAUAGGAUCCGGCCGUUUAUAUGCUAAUAAACCUCAUGUUGGCAGAAUAUGCGAUUAAGCAGGGGGCAGGCCGGAUUGUAUCUCACUACUGGACAAUGUCACAAUACUGCAGAUUACUGUUAUUCACAACAAGUUGGUACCUUUCUAUAAUGUGCUGCUUAGAACCAUAUUCCAAUAUUAACCAAGCAUUUGUUGAUUAUUCCCCUCAGUAUACAUAAAGCUCAUAAGCUACCAACCAGCAGCAGCCCAACUAGAGGCCUAUGUUGGUCCAGUUAGGCUAGGUUCACAUCACUAUUUAACCAUCUGAUUAUUGGACUGUAAAAUCGGAUUGCAAAAAAUCAUAUACAAUCGUAUGUAAAAAUGCCUUUGCUAUCCGAUUUUAAAAUAGUAUCCAAAAAUCAUACAGAUGAAAAUUCCAUCCGAUUUUCAAUAAAAAUCGGAUCCUGUUCUUAAAAAUAAUAUGUAUGCCAAUGGCAAUAAAGUUUUAUAUAUUUGAAGUGUAUGUGUUUUGAAAUCUACUGCGCAUGCGUACAAAAUAAUUGUGUGCGAUUAAUCUGAUAGAAUCACACGAUUCCUUGCGAUUUACAUAGACAUCAAUAAUAAAUAAAUAAAAAUCGAACACUAUAUCGAUCCAAUUUUGAAUCUGGAGGAAAAAUUUUGGUCAACCACAAUUUUACCUCCGAAUCGGAUGCGGAUCAAAUCUGAUGCAUUUGUUGUCUAUCGUUAAUGAAUGGAAGUCAAUGGAUAUGACUUGGCGCGCAGAUUUGUACAAUUUCAAAGUUAAAAAAAACGUGAGAAGUAGGAUGGUAAAAUCGUGAUGUGAAUGCACAAUUACAAUACCUAUAACCAGCCCCACUUUCUCAUCUAGAUCCAGACCUAUGCACACUCAUCUGUGCCCACCCCAGAAGGGAUCAAUGCAUUAGUAGUUUUAUUUAAUUACAACCAUUAAAGGGGUACUCCGGUGAAAACCUUUUUUCUUUUAAAUCAAC